GUGUUAUUGUUGCUCACAGUUUUUACUUUGCUUUGAUUCGUGCAACAAGUAUUACGACGUAAAACGACAAAAUAACAGACGACAUAAAUAUGAACAAAAGUUUCUGCGUUUUGCCCUAACCUACCUACCUUCUCCCCAAAUCUACCAGCUUUUACUUGUACCCUACAUCGACUUUCAUGACUCAGUAACAGUUGUUAUUCUGAUUUGAUACGAGCAACAAGAAAUUUUAAAAAUGAACAAAGGAAUAGGGAAGAAGAAAAUAUACAGGGUGAGAAAAGAAAGAGGACAACCUCAUAAAAAGGAGCUGCUAGAAGAUAAGGACAAAGCAAUGGAAGAGACUUUAGAAGCGAAAUUGAAAGGGAUAUGCCACCAGUUGGACGACGAUGCCGAUGUCAAGAACAUACUAGUUACUACGAAAAUUGAACCAGGUUUAGCUUCAGAAGUUGAACAUGUCAUGUCUACAACUGUUGAAGCAGGCGGUUCAAUGCCGACUGACGACUCUACAGUCAGUGUAGCCAAACUGAGGAAGCGUACUGCUACAACACUUCGAACACGCUUACUGAAGCGUCUGAUGUCCGAUAAAGUAACCCAGUUGAUUGAUGCGAAGAUAUCAGCAGCUGAAACGUCAAAGGCUCUGCAAGAAGAAUAUUAUCAAAUUCGAAAAAAAUUAAUGUUAGAAGAACACGAAUUAAAAUUAAGACAAAUGAAAGAAAAGCAUGCUAAAGAGAUGGAGACCUUGGAAAUCGAUCUGGGACCGGAACAUCAAGACCAAAUUCAAACCCACCUCAACGAAGCAACGUGA